CCUCCCCCUUACGGAAAAGGUCCCUUAGCCCACUUGAUUCUAGCAUCUACCCUCACAGACUGUAAGCUCUAAAGACCAAAGCAAACUCCCCACAGAGCAGCUGUCAGUAAACAUUACAACUCUAUGUAACCCGGGUAACCGGGGGUCUCCUCAUGCAGCCAAUCAGAGCGCGACGUUUACAGCACAAUGCCCUAUUCUCCUUCCAUUGGCUACCCGCUGGCCAAUGGCAGUACUCCAUGCCCAGAGAGCGUCCAGUCGGCGUGCCGCGGCUUCUGCGUCUGAUUGGCUGGCCCGGGAUCAGAGACGGGAGUAGUAAGAUGGCGGGCGCGGCGGUGCGGGUUGCUCGCCCCUGGGGCCGGCGGGGGCUUUUGUGCGUUAUUCUGCUCCAUCUGCUAGCGGUGCUGCCGGGCACUGGGGCCGCCGAUCAGACGGAGGAGUAUCUGAAGAGGGAGCACUCGCUGAGUAAGCCGUACCAAGGAGUGGGUUCCUCCUCCUCAUCAUUAUGGGAUCUGAUGGGCAAUGUGCUUGUUACUCCUCAGUACAUACGUCUGACACCAGACAUGCAGAGUAAACAGGGAGCUGUCUGGAACCGUAUGCCAUGUUAUGUCAGAGACUGGGAGCUACAAGUUCAUUUCAAAGUCCAUGGACAGGGCAAGAAAAACCUGAACGGGGACGGCUUUGCCAUCUGGUAUACCAAGGAUCGAAUGCAGCAAGGUCCUGUGUUUGGGAGUAAGGACAGUUUUAUUGGUCUCGGCGUGUUUGUGGAUACAUACCCAAAUGAGGAGAAACAGCAUGAGAAGAAAAGGUACUCCGCAGGGAACCAGCGCGUAUUUCCUUAUGUGUCUGCUAUGGUGAGCAACGGGUCUUUGACAUACGAUCAUAGCCGGGAUGGGCGUCCUACAGAGCUGGGAGGAUGCACAGCCAUGGUGAGGAACCUCAACCAUGACACUUUUCUUGUCAUCCGCUAUGUCAAGCGCAGACUCACGAUCAUGAUUGAUAUUGAUGGAAAACAAGAAUGGAGGGACUGCUUGGAUGUACCUGGUGUGCGCCUGCCCCGUGGAUAUUACUUUGGGACUUCUGCAGUAACCGGAGAUCUGACAGACAACCAUGACAUAAUCUCGCUGAAACUGUACCAGAUCAGUGUGGAGCGCUCCCCUGGAGAGGAGAAGAUGGACAAAGAGGUUUUCAUACCAAGUGUGGACAACAUGAAACUACCAGGAGUGGAUGAUCCUGCGGAGUCCAUGAGUGGUUUUGCACUGUUCCUCAUUGUCUUCUUCACGUUAUUUGGAUUAAUCUUUGCUGGUGUCAUAUUGCUCAUCGUGUACAACAAGUGGCAGGAAAGAAGCCGUAAGCAUUUCUACUGACAAUGUAGUGAUACUCGCCAGUUACUGAGUCUCGGCGCACUGCUAGGACUUGCAAACCGAUGGAUGGAUGGAUGGGUGGAGAGUCAUUCUGUGAAUGGGUCAGAAUACGAGUCCUUCCAGCUUGGGGCAAGAAAAGGUUUUGUUUUAAACACUGUGUUUUUUUUUUUUUUUUUUGUAAGCUGCUACUGAAGACUUCUAUCUGUAUAAGAUUCUAAGUUCUCAUAUUUAUAUCUGUUUGACGUGUGUCUGUCACAUAGACACGGAGGAGAUGAGCGGUCAGUUUGAUCAUCUGUUAUAAGAAUGCAACCUAUCAUCCACUACUCACUACGGACGUCACUCAUGCCUGUAGUUCAUCAUCCCAUUAUGUCUGGCUGCAGUCUUGUGUAGGGGGGCGGGUGCCUGCCUCCAGUUUUGUGUAGGGGGGCGGGUGCCUGCCUAAUUUCUAUUUUAAUACUGGUUUCCUUGUGCUGUUUAACAAACUCAUCCUUGCUCAACAAACAUGAAUUUAGGUGGUUGUGGUUUUUUUUUUUUUAAUUGCCUGAAGAAGAUAAAAAAAAAAGCUGCAUCUUCCCAAAGACUAUCCCGGCAUGUACAGCGGUGCCGAGUGUCAUAUGCCUGUGUAGCUCUAUUAUUUGUUUUACAAAACCUAGGUAGUGUGAGUUUAUAUAAUAGCAUUGUUUUGUCAUAAAUGCAUCUGUGUGAUGAGAACUGUAAGUGGUUGUGUCUGAGUGCAGUUGUUCUAUACCGAUUCCUUUCUAGGAAGGCAAUUGUGACCUAUAAACUCGAGGCUGAUUCCCUUGGCGUGGGGUUUUAGCUUCAGGGUAAGUGCCCACAGCUACUGCCCGAGGGUGCAUUUAUUGCAGAUUUCUGCUGAAACCUUCCUGAAUUGUGAACACAUCCAUAUUAACUAUUGCUUCCUGGGCUAGUGGUGGGUGGUGAUUGCAGCGCUACAAGUGCGUAACCCGGGAGCUAUGGCUUACCACAAGAAAUAAUUGAUUCGAUCUGGCCCCUAACCCAGCAGCUAAAACUCUGUGGUAAGUCCUAUGGGUAAUUGAAUUGGCGCCUGGUGGCAUCUCAGACAUGAAAUACUAUGUAAGACUUACAGGUCUCUCAUCGAUGCCUGUAGAAUGUUGGUACCGAGCUGCUCGCAGUUACAGUGCACAUUGCUGCUUAGUGCCUAUGCUGCCAUAAUUCUUGGCUGCACCAAAAAUAUAUUCCAUUCGCAAGUGGACUAAGAAGAAACCUGAAGAUGGGUCUGUAUACAUAUACUGAGAGAGCACCUAUCACUGCUGUCUCCCACACAUUCCACAUCGCUGACUCCCAAGAUCUUCCUGUCCCCUAAUUCCUACCUCCUUGCUCAAGAUGGGAAAAUUAUAGCUAAAAUGUAACUUACAUGAUUGUCAAGAUCCCUCAUUCACACACCACAAAUCUAUGUUGAAAUAUCUGGAAUUGGUACUGUGCAUUUAUCUGAUUUUAGCUGAGCGUCAUUUGAUGUUCUCUUGUAAUGCUUCAGAAGCAGGCAAGAUACCAGGGCUGGAUGUAAUGCCGUUCUAGAUCGGCCAGCAUUCCGCACCUCCGGCCAACAUGCAUUACCGCCGGCCCCAGAUCUCUUCAAUGCCAAAUGUUGGAGUUUCUGCACAUGAGAUAUCUUAAAACCGCACUAAGCUAUGAUAGUCCCUUCAAUGUCUGUUCCUUGGUGUCCGCUCUCGGCUACCAGAAGGCAAUGUGAUCUAUUACUGCAGUCGCCACGUAUGGUCCAGUAGUGAGAGCAGCACUUUAUUCUAUUACAGCUUGUUUCCCAUCUGUGCUCAUGGUUACAGAAUUCCUCAGUCUAUUUAUUAUAUAUAUUCUCUAUACAAAGCCAUGUCAUAGGAUUGUUAGUGAGUGGCAUAAUAUAGGCCAGCAUUGCUCAUAUCACUACAGAUGUACACUGGUCGGAUGCUGCACCUGCCUGGAUGUGGUGAGAAAACCCCACUGAGACAUGGUCACACCGUGUUCUGUAAUGGAAUCUAUCUCUGGAUGUCCCCAGCUGCUCACCUGUCCAUGCUGCCUUUUACCUACAUCACAAGCAAUCUUAUUCAUUCAUCAUCUAGAAAAUGCUGAAUUCUAUUUUCUUGUUACUAUAGUCAAUGCCUUACUGAGCUGUUACAGAGGUCUUUGCACAUGUACUAUUUAUGAGGGGAAAACCAGUAAUAAAUAACUACCAUCCGCUGGUCAGUGCACUUAUAAGAUGUCUGGGAUCGGGCUGAGAGGUCUCAUUCUACAGCUGGAAAACAGUCUGUUUAUUCUUGUAUACAUGUAUUAUAUACAUGGGGAUUGUAUCCAUUUCUGACUCAGGGAGAAAAUCUGUCCGGGUUUGGCACUGAAUUUUAUACUGUGAAUGUGGAAAUGUCUUCUGCUGCAUUUAUUUCCUCUCUGCUUGUGCAUUUCAAUAAACAAUGUUCCAAUAA